AUGGGCAAGCUUGCGGGCGAACACUUGAAGCCGAUACUUCUCGAACUGGGCGGUAAAGCACCUGCAAUUGUGUGGGAGGAUGCAGAUCUGGACAUCGCAGCGGACGAGUGUGCGCUCGGAGCUUUUCUCAACGCUGGCCAGAUCUGCAUGAGCACUGAGCGCAUCAUUGUCCACAAAAACGUUGCGGAGGCAUUCGAGCGAAAAUUCCUCGGCUCAAUUCAGAAGUUUUUCUCCUCAAGCGGCGAGGCUCCUGUGCUCAUCCACAGUCCAGCCGUCGAGAAGAAUAAGAAGCUGCUCAAGGACGCAGUCAGCAAGGGUGCAACUCUGCUGAAUGGCGAUAUUGACACCGAGGAAGCUAGCUCAAACCGCAUGCGGCCAAUUGUAGUCAAAGGAGUGACCACGGAGAUGGAAAUCUACAAAACAGAGUCCUUUGGACCAAGUGUGUCGCUAUUAGAGGUCGAGACAGAGGAGGAGGCGUUGCGCAUUGCGAACGAUACCGAGUAUGGCUUAACGUCAGCAGUUUUCACUGAGGACCUACGACGAGCGCUCCGCCUUGCGAAGGGUAUUGAGACGGGCGCCGUUCAUAUCAACAGCAUGUCGGUGCAUGACGAAAGUGCCCUUCCUCAUGGUGGCGCAAAAGCUAGCGGGUACGGAAGGUUCAAUUCGAUCGGAUUGGACGAAUGGGUGCGCACGAAGAAUGUCACGUUCAAGUUUUAA